AUGGCUUCACAAUCAAAAGCAUCGCUCAAUUCCAACUAUUAUCAUCAAACGUGUCCACAAGCUGAGAAAAUCAUAUUACAGACGGGAUGUGAUGCAUCGUUGCUGCUAGACUCAACCCCAGGGAACCAAGCAGAAAAAGAUGGUCCUCCCAAUAUCUCAGUCCGAUCAUUCUACGUGAUCGACGAUGCCAAAGCUAAGCUAGAAAUGGCAUGUCCACGCACUGUUUCUUGUGCUGAUAUCAUUGGCAUUGCCGCAAGAGACGUAGUUACCAUGUCCGGAGGUCCUUACUGGAAUGUGCUAAAAGGGAGGAAAGAUGGUAGGGUUUCAAGAGCUAACGAGACCAUCAACUUACCAGCUCCAACUUUCAACGUAUCCCAAUUGAUCCAAAGCUUUGCUAAGAGAGGCUUGGGUGUUAAAGAAUUGGUUGCCCUGUCUGGCGGCCACACUCUUGGGUUCUCACAUUGUUCUUCUUUUGAAUCCCGGCUUCGAAAUUUUACUUCAUUGCAUGAUGUUGAUCCAAGCAUGAACAAUGAAUUUGCUCAAAAGCUAAGAAAAAAAUGCCCAAAACCAAACAGGGAUCGCACUGCCGGAGAGUUGUUGGACUCAACUUCCUCAACUUUUGAUAAUGAUUAUUACAAGCACGUAGUGGCUGGAAAGGGCGUGUUUGGAUCGGAUCAAGCGUUGUUUAGUGAUUACAGGACUAGAUGGAUUGUUGAAUCAUUUGCUGAGGAUCAAAGUUUGUUCUUUAAGGAGUUUGCAGCUUCUAUGGUGAAACUUGGAAAGGUUGGCGUGAUUGAGGAUGGUGAAGUGAGACUGAAUUGCCGAGUGGUGAACUGA